AUGCGAUUUCUGAUUGGUGCCGCCGAAGCCUUCGUUCAAGGCGGCGCAUUUUACCUUUCUUUUUGGUAUGAGUACCACGAGCUCGCGACUCGAGCUGCCAUUUUCUUCUCGACGUCAACUCUCGCCGGUGCCUUCAACGGGCUGCUCUCAUACGGGAUUAGCAAGAAUCUGGACGGAGUAAAUGGUUGGAGAGCUUGGAAGUGGAUCUUUCUGAUUGAGGGUAUCUUGCCCAUUGGAUUUUCCUUUGUUGUUUUGGCCUUUCUUCCAACUUCACCCUCAGAAGUCCGCUACGGGUUCUCCGAAGCAGAGAAAGAUGAGCUGAUAAAAAGAAGCAAGCGGUCACACAACUCAUCUGAAGCCCGUAUACAGCCAAAGAAAAUAUUGGAACUGCUCUUGAGCAUUCACUUCUGGCUAUUCACAAUCUUAUACUGCACAUCGCUUUUCACGAUAUCUUCGCUCUCUAGCUUUUUACCGGCACUCAUCCGUGGUUUCGGAUACAGCUCAGUCGGGGCUCAACUAUUUACUGUCAUUGUCUAUGGAUGUGCCUGCUUAGGCAUACUACUUUUCUCUAGAAUUGCAGACAAAACAAAUGCUCGCGGAUUGACCGUUGCCUUAUCCACGAUUGGGGGCAUUGUGGGCUACGCAAUGCUCAUAGGGCUCGAAAAUCGCGAUGCCAGGUUUGCUGCGACUUGCAUCAUAGCGUUUUGCAUGUUUCCAAAAGUUGUUUUGGUUAUAUCUUGGGCAGCUAUGAACUUCGUCGGGUACACUAGGCGAGGUGCUGCUUUGGCACUGUUUAAUAUGUGCGCACAAGCCUUUUCAAUUGCAGGCAAUCAGCUCUACAACGACCCACCGUACUACAAAAAAGGCAACGCUGCUUCGCUGGGAAUGUCAGUAGCAGUGGUCUUAAUUUCUUUAGUUCUUCGCUGGCACCUUGGGCAACUAAACAGCAAGAAGAAAGAAGUACAGGCUUCGGCGGAGAGCUCUGACUCCAGGCAACAAAGCUUAGAAGACGUUGGGGAUCUGCAUCCAGACUUCUUCUAUACCACUUAA